CGACACAGAGGAAAUCCUUCCUCCCCGUCGGCUGAGACCCAGAGUCAGUGUGGGGAGUCGCUGCGGGCGGUUGCCCGGAUCAGGCCUCCCGGGGUGGCGUACCUCAGCCUCCGCCUCCGGAAGCGCCCGUGGGACCGACGGGAAAGCCCCAGCAUCACCCGCAGAAGUAGGGGGCGACAAGAGGCUCCAGCUCAGCCUUGGGUACCACGCGCCGGAGGGGAAGCGGCCCUUUCGCCCUGUAGCAUCUCGCGAGAUUUCGCCGACUCAGAUUUCGACUGCGAACUCAGAAAUUAAAAAAAAAAAAAAAAAAAAAAAAAAAAAAAGCAAGAGCCGCUACUGUGGUGGCACCCGCCAGUGAGCAUUAGCUGCCAGCGCGCGCGAGGCGGGGCCGGUGCGUUCCUUUGCCUACCCGGCUGGGAGCUGUCCGCAUCCCCGUGGCCUGGACUGCUGGUUCAUUUGCGCGCGAUCCCGGGAACGGAUAGAGAAGGAGGGAGCCGGGGACCCGCUCCUUUUCCCGCAAAGCGGGGCGGGGGAAGGAGGCGGAGGUUGGGAGGAGGCCGACGGAAGGGGUUGGUAACGGCGCGGAGAUCUUUCCUGGGACGGCGGUGAGGCAGCGCGCAGCCGCGCCUGCUCUUUGAUCGCACUGCUCGCGUUCCGGCCGACUGGUUGGAGCGAGCCGCGCACGGACUGCUUUCGCGUGGGACUGCGUGGAAGCUCCGGGGCUCCCAGGAACUGAGGGACCGUCCGCCGCGCGCCACUGCAAAAUCGCGGGUGGGCGGGCUGAGGGGCGGAGGAGCUGGCGGCCCCGCCUCCCGCGUGCUACAGCCGGAGCAGCUACCGCCGCGGCCCCGCCGAGGCUUUAAACAGCGGGCCGGCCCCGCGCUUGCUGCAUUCACGCGCUGACUGGGCUGCUGGCUGCGUUCGAGCCGGCCCGGGCUAGCGGCGGCGGACAGGCGGGCGGGAGGAGGAAAGAGCGACUCCCUCACCUGGCGUUGAGGCCGCGGCCACCGCCGGCAGGGGCGUGGAGGGCGCGCAGCCCGCUACAUCCGCCAGGCUCUCUGGGUCCGCCGGGGGUCGGGCGGCGAUGGAGCCUGGACUCACAGCGCCCUCCUCCGGCGCCCCAAGGCGGGCCGGGGAGACACCGCCAGCCUCCGUGCCGUCCGCUGCCGGGGUGGAUCUGCCCGGCACGGCCUCGGUGCCCGAGGAUGCUGCGGCCGCGAGCCGGGGCGGCGGGGGUGUCCGCGGCGAGGGUGCCGCGGCGGCCGGGGAUGGUUUAGGCAGACUCCUGGGACCUACCCCGAGCCAGAGCCGCUUCCAGGUGGACCUGGUUUCCGAGAAUGCCGGGCGGGCCGCGGCAGCAGCGGCAGCGACCGGGGUGGGAGGCAGGGAGACCCCCGUGGACGGGAAAGCCAGAGGCGAGAGUGGGCCGACCAAGGGCAGCGAAGAAGCCAAGGGCCGCUUCCGCGUGAACUUCGUGGACCCGGCUGCCUCCUCGUCGGCUGAUGAGAGCCUGUCGGAUGCUGCGGGGGUUGGAGGCGACGGGCCUAACGUGAGCUUCCAGAACGGCGGGGACACGGUGCUGAGCGAGGGUAGCAGCUUGCACUCGGGCGGUGGCGGCAGCGGGCACCACCAGCAUUACUACUAUGACACUCACACCAACACCUACUACCUGCGCACCUUCGGCCACAACACUAUGGACGCGGUGCCCAGGAUCGACCACUAUCGGCACACGGCUGCGCAGCUGGGUGAGAAGCUACUCCGUCCCAGCCUGGCAGAACUCCACGAUGAGCUGGAAAAGGAACCUUUUGAGGAUGGCUUUGCAAACGGGGAAGAAAGCACUCCAACUAGAGACGCUGUGGUUACAUAUACUGCAGAAAGUAAAGGAGUUGUAAAAUUUGGCUGGAUCAAGGGUGUAUUAGUACGCUGCAUGUUAAACAUUUGGGGUGUGAUGCUCUUCAUUAGGUUGUCAUGGAUUGUGGGUCAAGCUGGAAUAGGUCUGUCAGUUCUUGUAAUAAUGAUGGCCACUGUUGUGACAACUAUCACAGGAUUGUCUACUUCAGCAAUAGCUACGAAUGGAUUUGUAAGAGGAGGAGGAGCAUAUUAUUUAAUAUCCAGAAGUCUAGGGCCCGAAUUUGGUGGUGCAAUUGGCCUUAUUUUCGCUUUUGCCAAUGCGGUUGCAGUUGCUAUGUAUGUGGUUGGAUUUGCAGAAACUGUGGUGGAGUUGCUUAAGGAACAUUCUAUACUUAUGAUAGAUGAAAUCAAUGAUAUCCGAAUUAUUGGAGCCAUUACAGUGGUGAUCCUUUUAGGUAUCUCAGUAGCUGGCAUGGAGUGGGAAGCAAAAGCUCAGAUUGUUCUUUUGGUGAUUCUACUACUCGCUAUUGCUGAUUUCGUCAUAGGAACAUUUAUCCCAUUGGAGAGCAAGAAGCCCAAAGGAUUCUUUGGUUAUAGAACUGAAAUAUUUAAUGAGAACUUUGGACCAGAUUUUCGUGAGGAAGAGACUUUUUUUUCUGUGUUUGCCAUCUUUUUCCCUGCUGCAACUGGUAUUCUGGCUGGAGCAAAUAUCUCAGGUGAUCUUGCAGAUCCUCAGUCAGCCAUACCCAAAGGAACACUCUUAGCCAUUUUAAUUACUACGAUGGUUUACAUAGGAAUUGCAGUAUCUGUAGGUUCUUGUGUUGUUCGAGAUGCCACUGGAAACAUUAAUGACACUAUUGUAACAGAGCUAACAAAUUGUACUUCUGCAGCCUGCAAAUUAAACUUUGACUUUUCAUCUUGUGAAAGCAAUCCUUGUCCCUAUGGCCUAAUGAAGAACUUCCAGGUAAUGAGCAUGGUGUCAGGAUUUGCACCAUUGAUUUCUGCAGGUAUCUUUUCAGCCACUCUUUCUUCUGCAUUAGCAUCCCUUGUGAGUGCUCCCAAAAUAUUUCAGGCUCUAUGUAAAGACAACAUCUACCCAGCUUUCCAGAUGUUUGCUAAAGGUUAUGGGAAGAAUAAUGAACCUCUUCGUGGAUACAUCUUAACAUUUUUAAUUGCACUUGGAUUCAUCUUAAUUGCUGAACUCAAUGUUAUUGCUCCAAUUAUCUCUAACUUCUUCCUUGCAUCUUAUGCAUUGAUCAAUUUUUCGGUAUUCCAUGCAUCACUUGCAAAAUCUCCAGGAUGGCGUCCUGCAUUCAAAUACUACAACAUGUGGAUAUCACUUACAGGAGCAAUUCUUUGUUGCAUAGUGAUGUUUGUCAUUAACUGGUGGGCAGCAUUGCUGACAUAUGUUAUAGUCCUUGGGCUGUAUAUUUACGUUACCUACAAAAAACCAGAUGUGAACUGGGGAUCCUCCACACAAGCCCUGACUUACCUGAAUGCACUACAGCAUUCAAUUCGUCUUUCUGGAGUGGAAGACCAUGUGAAAAACUUUAGGCCACAGUGUCUUGUUAUGACAGGUGCUCCAAACUCACGCCCAGCUUUACUUCAUCUUGUUCAUGAUUUCACAAAAAAUGUUGGUUUGAUGAUCUGUGGUCAUGUACACAUGGGCCCUCGAAGACAAGCCAUGAAAGAGAUGUCCAUCGAUCAAGCCAAAUAUCAGCGAUGGCUUAUUAAAAACAAAAUGAAAGCUUUUUAUGCUCCAGUUCAUGCAGAUGACUUGAGAGAAGGCACACAGUAUUUGAUGCAGGCUGCUGGUCUUGGUCGUAUGAAACCAAACACACUUGUCCUUGGAUUUAAGAAAGAUUGGUUGCAAACAGAUAUAAGGGAUGUGGAUAUGUAUAUAAACUUGUUUCAUGAUGCCUUUGACAUACAAUAUGGUGUAGUGGUUAUCCGCUUAAAGGAGGGUCUGGAUAUUUCUCAUCUUCAAGGACAAGAAGAAUUAUUGUCAUCCCAAGAGAAAUCUCCUGGUGCCAAGGAUGUGGUUCUAAGUGUGGAGUAUAGUAAAACAUCAGAUUUAGAUACUUCCAAACCAUCUGGUGAAAAAACUAUUACACAUAAAGAUGAGGAAGAGGAUGGCAAGACUCCAACUCAACCACUGUUGAAAAAAGAAUCCAAAGGCCCUGUUGUGCCUUUAAAUGUAUCUGACCAAAAGCUUCUUGAAGCUAGUACACAAUUUCAAAAGAAACAAGGAAAGAACACUAUUGAUGUCUGGUGGCUUUUUGAUGAUGGAGGUUUGACCUUAUUGAUACCUUAUCUUCUGACUACAAAGAAAAAGUGGAAAGACUGUAAGAUCAGAGUAUUCAUUGGUGGAAAAAUAAACAGAAUAGACCAUGACCGGAGAGCGAUGGCUACUUUACUUAGCAAGUUCCGGAUAGACUUCUCUGACAUUAUGGUCCUAGGAGAUAUUAACACCAAACCAAAGAAAGAAAAUAUUGUAGCUUUUGAUGAAAUGAUUGAGCCAUACAGACUUCAUGAAGAUGAUAAAGAACAAGAUAUUGCAGAUAAAAUGAAAGAAGAUGAACCAUGGCGAAUCACAGAUAAUGAACUUGAACUUUAUAAGACCAAGACAUACCGUCAGAUUAGGCUAAAUGAAUUAUUAAAGGAACAUUCAAGCACAGCUAAUAUUAUUGUCAUGAGUCUCCCAGUUGCACGUAAAGGUGCUGUGUCUAGUGCUCUCUACAUGGCAUGGUUAGAAGCUCUAUCUAAGGACCUCCCUCCAAUCCUCCUUGUCCGUGGGAAUCAUCAGAGUGUCCUUACCUUCUAUUCUUAAAUGUUCUACACAGUGGACAACUCUGCAGAAUGGUACUUCCCUGCCUAGUGAAGUAACUGAAAUCUUCAAUGAUACCUUAACAUCACAAUGGCGAAUUGUGACUUUUAUUUUACUAUUUCUUUGAUAUGAAAGCACAUGGGGAAGUUGCUCCAUUGAUAUGUUUAUGGAGACUUCAGUUUUAAUCAGUUCCUUAUCUCAGUCUUAAUGAAUGAUGAUUCCUGGUGGUUGAACUCAAGCUCAUGAGAGUAAAGUUUUUCUUUGCUACUUGAAUAGCAAUAAAAGUGUGUUAUUUUUUGAUUGAUGAAAAGAGUACAAAAAGCCUUUAGCCUUGAGGUGCCUUCUGAAAUUAACCAAAUUUCAUCCAUAUUAUCCUCUUUUAUAAAUUUAUAGAAUGUCAAACUUUGUCUUCAGCUAUUUUUAUUUCUAGUCUCUUCCACCUUAAAAUAAAACAGACGCUGCUUUUCUUCUCUGAUUGAUCAAUUAGUGUUGAGUACUGUAUGUUUUCUAUAACAUUUGUAAAGGUAUCUGUUAGAUAUGAAAAGUGAGAAUUAGGGCAGGUUAAUGAAAAAUGAAAAUAAAAAAGGGAACCUAAAAGUGGCCCCAAAGUUAGGCUUUUAUGAGUAUGUGUAAAUGUAGAUCUAAGGGGAAAAAAAACCCAUUAUAUCUUUUUUUCUAUGACUGGCACUUACUUACAUCAUUGUUAUUAUUUUUCAAAACGUUAGAGAAGUUUGAAGAGUUACCCAGUACUUCUGUAUACCAUGCUGAAAAAUCACUUGCUGUCCUUCUUUAAACUAAAAUCCUUAAGAUCUUUAAAUUUAUUAGAGAAGAGAUCUGUCCUAAUUUAGAGUUUCCCUCAAAUCUGAGGGUCUGUUAAGAAAUGCUAACAGAUGUUCUGGAGGAAAUUUAGACAAAACAAUGUCAUUUGAUAGAGUGUUUCAGUAAACACUGUAUGGAAUUUUCACUAUACUGUUCCAUCCUUUAUAAAUCACUAAAAUAUUUAAUGUUUCAUCAAAUGGUUAAAUGGAUCACUGGGUUCUUAGUGAAAUGUUUUUAGGCCAUUCAUUCAAAUGUCAAGUAUACUUAGUCUUAAUAUACUCAGGUUUGAACAGAUUAUUCUGAACUUUUAAAUUUAAUCCAUUCUUAAUUCUUUAAAACUUUUGUGUUAAGAAAAACUGCCAGUUUGUGCUUCUGAAAAUGUCCUGUUUUUAACGUCAAGUCUACUAGUACAAUUUUGACAGUGCAUAUGUACUGUUAGUAAAAGCUUUAUACAUAAUUAUUAAUGUGAAGUUUUUUGUAUUUUACUCAAGGAAGGAUUUCCUAAAAACAUUUCAAGGUUUCAAGGGAUAUGUCUACAUAUCUGUAUGUGUGUAUGUAUAUGUGCAUACACAGAUGCAUAUGUGUAUAUAUAAUGAAAUUUAUGUUGCUGGUUUUUGGAAUUCAAAGUGAUCAAGAUUCAUUAGAUUAAUUUUAAUUGUUUUUUGUUUUUAUAGUAAGCAUAAGCUCAAAUUACAUCGACAGAUAUAGAUUUCAUUCAAAGGGCGUGUAACUUAUGUGCAGUUAUCAUUCAGUUACAAAGUGGAGAACAUUUCAGCUAAAGAACUGUUCAGUGGGUUAAUUGGUAUAAAUUUCAGUGGUGAAGGAUUUAUGCAAGUUUCCAUGAAUCUUGAUAGAAAUCUAUAAAAUUAUUACUGUUUUCAGUAGUGCAGUAAUUUUGCUGCAUGAGUAUAAUAUAAAAACGGAGAUCUGAUAAUAAUUUUGAAUUCAGAAUGCUAAGGAAAUGAAGUAAUGUGUUCUUCCAAGAAAUUUUUUCUAUGUUGUAACUCACAGUCUUGUUCCAUUUAUUGCAGGUUUUGCAGUGUUUUGGGGGAAAGACAGUAGAAAUGUCAUAUUAUUCAAUAAAGAUAUAAUUAAUAUCAUGUUUGAAAAUUUUUAAUGGAUAAUAGGGCAUGAACUGAGUGCUGCUAUCUUGAUGUGCACAGGUACACUUAAUUUUAUUUUAUUUUAUUAUUUGUUUAAAGUUUUGCCCAUUCAGGAAAACAUCACUGUAAUCGUACUACAGGAACCAAAUGUCAUGUGUGUCUACAUACAUGUGUGUAUAAAGUUCAUAAGAUAUAUCUAAAUAUGCAUAAUGGGGGGUAAUAUUGUCUGUGAAAUAACAUUAAGAAGCUUUUCAGUUUUUAAAAAAAUGCAUUAUUUUCACUUAACACUAGACACCAGGUCAGAAAUUUUAAAAAAUGUUAUAGUGCUCUAAUAAAUGUCAACAGUUCUUAAGAUGUCUUAUUCUAGUACUGAAGUUAUUCUACUCUAUUUUAUUUAUGCUGAAAUUUGAUUAUUUUUUGCCAAUUUUUUUUUUUUUAGUCCCAAUAAUUGGUGAUAACUUGGAAAUAAAUAAUUAUGCAGUGGCAUUUGACAGUUCAUUAUUCCUAUAGUUAAAAAUACAAUGGGUCUAGAGUGGUGGUGUUAAGCUGAUUAUUAACAGUUAAUUAAAUCAAGUAUUUAUUUGUUAUGUUAUUUCAUAUUUGUAUUUUAGGUUUCCUUUUACAUUCUUUUUAUAUGCUUUCUGACAUUACAUAUUUUUAAAGUCCAUGGAAAUAAUUUAAAGAUUUGAGAGCCCUGCUGGAUGAUUACUUAAGUUUGAAAAUGUAAUAUUUUGAUAAUACUGUAACAUAACUAUCACACAAAUGCUUUUCUAAUGUCUUAACUUUGAGUAUAUUGCAGUUGCUGCUUUGUACGAAGGUCACUGCAAUAAAGGAAGUGAAUUCAUUAAAACUA